AGCACUUACAAGGCAGCCGCUGACGCGCAACGGCUGCGGCCAAGUACGUGACAAACGGCGAUGAAUUGGAUGUGAUUCAAAAGUAGCUAAACCACUUAUGAUGAUUGUUGUUCGGACAUUUUCCAACCAAAGCACACCACUGUUAUCUGUUCUUUCCCCAUUGACUACACAGAUACACAGCCGUUUGUGGGUAGUUGUGAUCACAUACUUCAUCCUACUCAAAAGCCUCUCCAGCGUCAUUUUCUUCCAAGAAAUCUCCGUGCAAAUUUCUAAUAAAUCGGUUGACCUUUUUACUAUGCGCGCCACCGCACUGCUAAGAUGUUGAGAAUGGAGAAUCCGUCAUCCGGAGCGUUUUUAUGGAAUAAUCAACCGUUAGCUGCACUGCACCAGAUGACCGAGAUGAAUGCGAUUCGUACGGGAACAGGCAAAAUUGACUCGUCGCAAAACAGUCUAAUACCGGCUCGUCAGUUACCUGUGUCCGCUUCUUCUUCUUCCAUGUCCUCCUCGUCAUCAUCGGCGCCCGGUACACCGCACGGUAUUAACGACAUUCUCAGUCGGAAUCUGAAUGCGGCACGGGCCGCCCAGAUGGCCGCCACUUUACCUGCCAAUUCCCGUCUGUUUUUUAAUCCCCACAACCCGGUAAAUAUCGCGGGGAUGAACAUGAUGGCCGGCAGUGCGGCAGCCGCUGCAGCGGCGGCGGCGGCUGUGGCGGCGUCCUCGGGUAAACCGAUGGUUCCGGAUCUCCGUUCCCUGUGUUCCUGGAUGCCCGCUGCGGGAAUGCUGGCGGGAAAUAUGCACAAGGGAGUCAAUUUCCAUACCGGAAGUAUGCAGAAUUCCGCGGGUGCUGCUCUUCACGACGACAACCAUAGUCGGCGUGGAAAAAAGAAUACCCGGCCUACAUUUUCCGGUCAUCAGAUCUUUGCCCUGGAGAAGACCUUCGAGCAGACCAAAUAUCUGGCUGGACCCGAAAGGGCUAAGUUGGCGUACGCACUCGGAAUGUCCGAAAGUCAAGUCAAGGUAUGGUUCCAAAAUCGUCGUACCAAGCACCGGAAGAAGCAGUCGGCUGAGAAUGCCCUUGGGCGCAGCAGCGACAAGUUGGCCUAUCCAGAUGGCGAUGAAGCCGGUUGCGAGUCGGAUUCGCACAGCGACGAAGCACAGUAGCAACGUCAAUUUCUACUUAAGGAUCUACCAUUCAAAGAGCGUUUUAUAACCAGCAAUAAAGAGGAAUUAAACUAUAACUAUUUGUUGUGGUUUCUUUAUGGGAGGCACCAACGUCCACGUUGUACAACUGUAGUCCUAACUGGGCCAAUUUCCAGUUCCUUUCGGUGACUGUCAGGACAUCGUGCCAGUUUGUGCUAAAAAACCGAAGAUCUUGUACAAAUUUGUUCGUGAAACUGGUUUGUUGUGUGCUUCAGUGGUGCGUGUAAAAAUUAAUGUUGGUUGGAGGUUUCAACUGUUUGGUUUUCGCUAAUACGGUUCGUUUGAAUGCAUGGCAGUAGUAUGGAAAACUGGCGCUAAUGUUGUGAUUGUUGGCAUCCAGUAUUAGCCGGUGCGUGUUCAAACACACAAUCAUGACAACUGUAAGGAACUUUUCCCGUUUAUAAAAAUGGUA